GCUGAAGAUCGUUUGUACGUACGUUUUAAAUGGAGUAAAAUUAUAGCAUAUCAAACUCUACUGAAAAUGGAAACGCAGAUCAGGUACAAUUAUACGAAAUACAGUUCUUACGACGCAGUGUACGUAAUAACAGGUUUCGACUUGGGCGCUGAAGGGCUGAAAGGCACCUGGGACUCGGGAACACUAGGCAUUGCAUAUAUUGGAGGCGCUUGUUCGACCCAAAAAGUGGGCAUUGGCGAAGACAAAGCAGACACGUAUGGUGGAGUUAGGGUAAUGGCUCAUGAAUUGGGACAUCUACUUGGAUGCCCCCAUGAUGGUGAACGGUACCCUGGAUUCUCAUCGAGGCACUGUCCUUGGUAUGAGGGCUACAUGAUGACCUACCUUCGCAAUAGCAGUAACAGCAUGAAAUUUUCCAAGUGCUGUAACCAAGCGAUUACAUCGUUUGUUACGACUACAAGAAGAAUCUGUCUCAUAACAAAAACAGGAAUAAGGAACAUAAAGAAAACAUCUGAGACACAUGAACUACCCGGUGACGUUAUAACUAGAGACAAAUUCUGCCAGCGGUCGUUUCCAGAUAUCCAGGACAUUCGUUUCGCAGCAGACAAUGGCACAGCAAAAUGUUACGCUACGUGCUAUUCAAGAACGAUGAACCAACUUCUGAAAACAAUUCUGCCGGAUCAUUCUCCAUGCAAUGAGAGCAGUGUUGAAGGGAUAGAAUCAAACCAUAAAGUUUGCGUGAAUGGUGGAUGCCGAACGAUACGCCGUCAGUACCCUGUCGAGGUAGUUAAAAGGCGGCGCUAAUAAAAUGUGAACAAAGCAUGCUUUGACCACCUUGAGUUCAACUUACGCUCGGUGCAAAAUAGCACCGGGUAACGGAGUUUCUUCCCUGAGGCAAAAAUAUGAAGCUUUAUAUUUUACUGAAUGGUGAAAUUGUGAAAUGAGUGCUCGGUAAUCAAAGUGAAAUAAAUAUAAAAUCUUCACUCUA